AAAGGCAGCAAAACGGCCGGCCGAUCUUGGCACGUCAGUUUUCUAUUGACGUGGCAGCACGCAUGACAACGAUCUUCCACACGCUCCCGGACGAAGUCUUGGACCAGAUCCUUGGCUGCUGCAAACGACCGAGUCAAAUUGCACUCGCUACUGUCUUGCCAUCAGCGUCCCAGUACCUCUUGCGUGCCAAGCGCGACGACCAUUUGCGGGCGCUGCGGGACCGUCCGUCACCGGCCAAGGCCAUCGAGCAAGCGCACUACUGCUGGCUUCCGGCUUCCAUUUCAAAGACAAACGACGCCAUUGCUUUCCAAGAAGCUUGUCGCAGCGACGACGCAGAGGCGAUCUUGGAUAUGUGGAGCCAUGCGCGGAUCAUGGCGCUGCCGACGGCCCUCCGUCACACGUGCAUUUGGACGCGCCUUGAGGACAUUGAGCACCGCUGCGCACGGGAAUCCUUCUUGCUCGCCGCGCUGGACCACGGCUGGGUGCAGCCACAUGCUGCCUACUGGACCAUUGUCGCUUCGCCCUCGAUUGACGCAUGCAACGUGGCCCGCGACCGCGUGCAGCAACAGCUGCCGCUUCUUGUCGCUGCACAAAAUGGCUACUGGCGCAUCGUCCACCGGCUUCUUGACACCUUUCGUGGUGCGAACGCGACCAAGCGCAUGGUGCUUGGCGUGCUCGCCGCAGCGUUUUAUCACGGCGAGCGGUCCGUGAUCGAGCGGCUCGUCCGGAACUUUCAGCUGGAGCGACGCAUCCCGCGACGCUUGGCGACGAGCAUCUUUCGGCAGCGACAGCCUGUCGACACACUGGAAACAGCCGUCGCUUUCGGUUGGCGACACAUUCUCGGCUGGCUCGAGCCGUCGCUGGAUGGUCUCCUUCAGUGGAGGCAAGCCGCGUGGACGACGCCGCAACGACGACCCAGCUCGCUGCUGCUCACGACAACAUACUUGGGAAAGAGAAGUCGUUAUCUCAUUGAGCCAUGAAUAAACACUCGGGAUUGUACUCUA